CGCGCCAGACCGACAGGUGGCGAUUAUUCACACAAACAAUCACUAUGCCAAAGCCGAUGAAGAAGACACAAGCUCCGGAAGCGAAUGUAAACUUCCCACAGCACAGCACAGAACAGCUGUUUUCGAAAACCGAGUAAGAUAAUAUUUAAUUUUCACUAGAAUGCCAUGUCAGAAAAGGAAAAUGCAAUCUACUGAACCACAAGACAAUAAGAAACAGGUGGAUCCUAGCCUGACAGCGUCUGAUAAACCCGGCCGAACAUCUCUGCGGCCCAAGAGGUCCCAAAGGUCCGGAGCGGCGCAGAAGAAAGUUUCAGUUAAGGCCAAAAGAAAAUCUUCAACACAGCUAAGAGAUGAUGUGGAAAACCCACCACGUCGCUCUUCUAGACUGAAAACACCCUCGAAGAUGGUGACUGGUGUAAAAAGGAAAAAAACAUCAAUUAAAUCUGCAGUGGCAAAGGAACCAGGCUCCAAAAUUAGUAGUAAAACUUCAAACAAAGAUGGGGAUAAAUUGUGUCUGACUUUGCCUGUCCUUAAAAAAGGAAGCAAGAAAUACUCUUCAAGAGUGAAGAAGGAUAAAUGUCAGUCUCCGCUUUCAGAAACAGCUUGCACAGUGUCUGCAGUACUGUACCCUGUGUUAGUAGAGCACAGCUAUGGUCAGCCUCCUGAUUCACACAGUGAAGAAACAACACUGCCAGAUAAAAACAAGCUUGGAGGAACCACCAGUUUAGGUCUUGAUCUGAAUGAUGAACAUGAUGCUGCAGUGUAUCAUUCAGUGUCCCAAGUGAGUCAAUCUUCUGAGACUAAAACAACAAAAAAAAAAUCACUUGAAGAGCAGAAAGAACUCUCAGUUGACCCCAUUGGGAAAGUCGCUCUACAUUUAGAUGCUGGAGUAGGUGUGAUGGGAGAAUCUCUGUCUCCUAUACAAGCAUUUUCUGAUGUCAUUCAAGAAACUAGCUUAAACAAACAUGACUUAAAUAGUGAAAACAUCUCAGAUAUUGGUGCAUUUGCCAUGGUGAAUGCAUGUUUUCUACAGGAUACUCUACAUAAUCUGGUGGCCUCUGAUGUUCCUGGCGUGACACAGAGCUCUCUGACCUCAGAAACACUGGGUGAUAUUGAGAUUGAACACUGUGUAGUUGAGAUUGAAACGCUGGAAGAAAUGGCUGGUGACCUCAGUGCCUUAGACAAUAACGAGCAGCCCCCCCAGGACUUGGAGGAAUCAAAUGGACUCAAAGAAACCAGCAAAGCUGUGGUAUGUAAGGAGAGUACAUCAACUCCUUCUCUUCCACAAGACAGUGCAAAAGACUCCACACAAGGUUCCCUUGCACAGGCCAGUGCGGAACCUCCCAAGAAGCAAGCAAUGAAUCCUCAGGCCAGAACCAAGGCUCGUCUGGCAGCGAUGGCUAAGGAGAGAGCAGCUGCUGCUAGGAGGCCGCCCCCCAAGCAGCUCAAUCUCCUAGCUCUGUGUGAGGAAAUCGCCGACGACAUUGCAUCUGACACAACGGCAGCUAAAGAAGAGAAGACAGAAGAUAGCAUUCAGUCCAGUGAGAUGAUUCAGAGUAAAAAUGAGGUAGAGAAUGCAACAAUUCCCACUGUUUCCAGUGACCUCCCCAUCCCAGAAAGCCUCACUGAGGAGACAUCGGGACCCAAGGUACACGGGAGUGCACCCAAGAAACGUUUUUUCCUUAGCCAAGUGUCCGUCCCCCUUAAAACUCAAGAAAAAAAGAAGCUGUCCCGCUUCCAGAAACUGAGACAGAUUGAGCUGCAGAGGGACAAACUGACAUGGACCCGUGUUAAAAAGCUGAAAUCAGAUCAGGCUAGUCAAGACGAUGCAAAAGACUCCACACAGACUUUACCCAUUUCAGUAUCAGCUAGUCAAGUCAGUCUUCCUCCUCAUUCUCCCACAUCACUUGCUCCAGUGAAUGUGUUAAAAGUGGGAUCAAGCGAGUGCAGGAGAACACUCCCGGCGAUGGCACCACCCAUGCCCAAUGGUAUUACCAGUUUAAAGCCUAGGCCUGUUGUGGAGUAUAAGCCAUAUAAUCCCAGACCAAAAUACUCACCAGAUGACUUUGAGCUGGAUGAGCCAGGUGAAGAGACUAGCAAGCCAGCUGUUCCCAAACAGGAGGGCAGAAUGGAGGAACCCUCAUCUUUGGCUGUAGAGUCCUCUAGAACACUGGGAAAGCACAUAUGCAUCAAGACCCCUACAGCAUCUACAGGUAUCAAGUCCUCUAACCAACAAGAUGGUUCUCAUAAGACACCAACAGACAAUUCAGAAGUGAAAAACAGGGGCAGCUGUGGCAGUGGGUCAGACACAGAGCUUAGGAAUGAGGUUACGAAUAAUUUAAGGGCUGGAAGUCUAGAAGGAGAGCAAAAAAACUCAGACAAUAACCAGAAUGCAUUCGGAGCCACGACUUGCAAUGUGUGUGGGAUGCUAUAUUCUCCUUCCACCACCGAGGAUGAGACCCAGCACCUACUGUUCCACAACCAGUUCAUCAGUGCUGUCAGAUAUGUGGGUUGGAAGAAGGAGAGGAUUUUAGGAGAAUACCCAGAUGGCAAGAUUAUACUUGUUCUCCCAGAUGACCCUAAAUAUGCACUGAAAAAGGUGGAGGAAAUAAGAGAAAUGGUGGACAACGAUCUAGGAUUCCAGCAAGUGGAGACUAAAGUCCCUUCCCAGACCAAAACCUUCCUCUUCAUUUCAAAUGACAAGAAGGUGACGGGGUGUCUGAUCGCUGAACACAUUCAGGAGGGUUACAGGGUGAUCGAAGAGCCAUUGCCAGAGGGUUCAGAGAGGGAGAAAGUGAUGUUUGAGCGCCAAAGGGCCUGGUGCUGCUCUACUGUUCCAGAGCCAGCAGUGUGUGGGAUCAGUCGCAUUUGGGUCUUUAACAUGAUGAGGAGGAGAGGCAUUGCCUCACGAAUGAUUGAGUGUCUCAGGAACAAUUUCAUCUAUGGGUCGCAUUUAAGCAAAGAUGAGAUUGCGUUCUCAGACCCAACACCUGAUGGCAAGCUUUUUGCUACUCAUUACUGUGGAACCUCGCAGUUUCUGGUGUACAACUUCAUCAGUGGGACACGUUUAACCUGACGACACUCAUAAAUGGACCCAGCACUUUCACAAAGUUCCCCCCCUCAAAUAUCACAACAAUUUAAGAAGAACAGAUUCAACCAUUGCAUCCAAAUGCAAAAUGAACCCCAAAAAAUGGAGCUACACCUUGGAAGAUUUUAGCAUUUUACCUUUUACUAUUAAAAGACACGGGCUUAUUGUUAGCAAGCUUCUUUUAAAAAAGAAUGUUGAUCAUGUUGGAUACUUUUUUUUUUUUUUU